AUGCCUGGCUUGGGCGAGAUGGGAGAGACUAGUCUAACUCCUUCCCAAGCCCAAUCGGGGUGGUCUGCCCCGUCUUCCCGUACUCAUACUCCUGCUCCUGCGGCUGUGCCGCCCCAUGUAUAUUCCCCCAUGUCCUUUGAUCACAUGUCCGAUCGUGAAUUGUUAAAUAUGGUAGCCCAAAAUAUGAUUGUGUUAAAAAAAGAAUUCUCACAACUUCAAGGCGCUUACGAAGCACAACACGAUCAAAUAGCAUUGUUAAGGGCAGAACUCAAGGAACAUUGCGAUCAAUCGCGUAACCAACAUAUAUUCUAUUCCAACCAAAUUCAAGGAGCGGCCGCUUCCAUUCAAGCUGUGCAAGACCAGCUACUCCACAAUUCCACUACUCGACCCACGGCCCCUCCUCCACCUCCACCUUCUGGCACAGCCACCAAUCCUCCACCUGCUCCUACGUCUUCCAAUUCCGACUUAAAGUUUGCCAAGCCUAACAAGUUCAGUGGCAAAAAGGAAGACGCCCUUAAUUUCAUUAUUGCGUGUCAGGCUUACAUCAGGGCCAAAGGAGCAAAUCGUUCUCACGAAGAAAAAAUUUUGUGGGUUACAUCAUACUUUGAGGGUGCAGCCAAAGAUUGGAUCCGCCCAUACAAGGAAAGGAAGGUGUUCAGGGGAGAAGCGGUUCCCUUAUUGGAAGAUAUUGAUGUGUUUUGGGCGGAAUUCACUAAACACUAUGUGGACACCAAUCGUGAUGAGAAGUACCGCCAAAAAUGGAAUAGUUUAAGACAGAAGGCAUCAGUACAAGAAUACACUCGCGAAUUCCAGCAGUAUUCAGUGUCCUUAGGGUACAGUGAUGAAACAUUACGCGACAAGUACUAUGAUGGCCUCCAAAAUAAUAUUAAAGACAUCAUGCUUUCCACUAUGUUCCAAUGGCGUCGCGCUACUGCUCAACAGGUCUACGACAAGGCAGAGGAAAUUGCCAAUCAUAUCGAAUCCACUCGUCUGUCAAACCCAUCUGCUUCCACUCCUACUACUCGUGUAUCUUCUAGCUCUGCCCCAAGUUCCUACCCUAUUUCCAAUCCCACUCGAACUCGUCUUAAUGUUGGGGACAAUGUUUAUAUGAUCGACCCUACCACUCGUCGCGCCAAGAAAGGCGCCAUUACCUCAAUUGUUUGCACAACCUCUGGCAAUAUGCCAAAUGUUAGAUGGAAUGGGGAAACCAAGGACACGAUGAUCCCCUUUCCAUCCCUAAAAAAGGAUGAACGCCCUGCAGCGGUCGUCCCAGCAAAGCCUAUUGUUGCCCCUGUUCCUGUUUUAGCCUCGAGUUCUAAAGGUCCCGGCCCCAUGGAUCUUGAUGGAAGGGGUUUUGCAAACUUAACCUGCCAUGUGUGCGGCGGAAAAGGCCAUUUCGCACGCAAUUGUCCCUCCAAGCCCAUGUCUGGACAUGUGGCUAAUGUUGAAUGGUCUUGGGAAAGGCCCAAGGAGGAAAGUCAAAUUGAAGUUGUCUCUGAUAAGGAGGAGUCGGGAAAAGGAAAAGCCAAGGCCGACUAA